AAUGUUCAUAGAACGUUUGGUGUGCCUAGGCCCUUGUCUUGAGCUGGCAUCGUAGACCAACUCAACUGUUAUUUUGAGUUCAUAGGCAAGAUGAACGGGCAUUAUGUACCUAAUUUGUGAGUCUCAGCUUCCAAGACAUCCACGCAUUCGUUCAUUCAUACAACAUUUAUUGAGUGUCUGCUUGGGUUGGGACCUGGCUUAGGUUCAGAGGACACACAGAUGAACAAGACUUAUUCCCUGCCCCUAACAAGUCUCAUAUUGUGAUGAAAGGGACAAGGAUCAUUUCAUAGAAACAAUGGGAUGGCUUGACUAAGAGCUUCUGGAAAGUUCCAUUAAGUGGGAAACCUCCUGACCUUGUUGAGUGCCUUGAUCACUGGGCUCUCCUGUGGUGACAGUAGUUUGUUUUUAGUAAUUAUCUCUUGUGUUGUGUGAGAAACUUGAUUCUCUCUCACCCUUUCUGGGUCUCCAGUGGAAAUAACAACAUAGGCAGGUGGAGUCUUGCAGGGAAAUUGCAUUAAGCCCUGAUGCUAUCAGUUCUCAGGAGCUGAGCAGAAUCUGGUGUAGUCAGCAUUCAGAGACGGUGCCUCUAGGGCUUUGUACGUACCUUUAUGGGGUAAAAUGUUUUCAUUUCUCCUGUACUCCAUACAUUUCAUUUCUUCUCUAAUUCAAUGCUGAAAACUAAAUUUUCUAAUUUGGAACACAGUUUGUACAAAUGGCCCCUGUUUUGUUCGGCGACAUCAGUGAUUUGGCACAUAGAAGGAGGCGUUUGUUGUCUGGACUCUUGGGUUGUUUGGGAAACAUCCUGCUCUUGUUCCAGAUGCAUCUCUGUUCUCCCCUGGUUCAGAUCCCAUAGAGCCAGGUCGGGAGAGAUGGCUGUGAAGUUUCUGGAGACCCACCUUCCUGCUACCAUGGGGCCUCACUAGGGUGCUCCUUCCUGUUGUCCUGGGAGGUUACUCUUUGCCUUAAAAGGAUGCUCUGUGAUGUAGUAUGUAGCAGGAAUUAUCCUCUGUUUAUAACCAUGGCCACCAUCAAGGAGAAUCUGGGGCCUGUCACUUUUCGCUCUGGAUAUCUGAGAAGAAGCUGGAAGUUCUUGACUGAAUUGGGGAAAAAAACAUCAGCAUUCUUUUUCAUGGUUUCCUUCAUUCUCCAUUGCUGAGCCUCUGACUGCUGUGCUGGGAUGUUUGUGCCUUGACCGCGGCCCACCUCCAGGAUGGAUGGGCAGGGCCAGUUCACCCCAUGCUCCAGUGUAACAGAAGAGGCUGGUCUGUGUCCCAGGCACCUCACUAUGGAAUUCUCUACACUCCCCUACCCACCAUCCUGGCUUACAUAUACACCAAGUUGAACACCCAUUGAUGAUGAAGGCAUAUUCCAGGACGUUGGACAUCUCCUGACCAGCGUAUCUCCAGGACUUCAAGUUAGAUGUGCAGCAUGUGAUUGAAGUGGAUGAGGGAAACACAGCUGUCAUUGCCUGCCACUUGCCCGAGAGCCACCCAAAAGCCCAGGUCCGGUACAGCGUCAAACAAGAAUGGCUAGAGGCCUCCAGAGGUAACUACCUGAUCAUGCCGUCGGGGAACCUACAGAUCGUCAACGCCAGUCAAGAGGACGAGGGCAUGUACAAGUGUGCGGCCUACAACCCAGUGACCCAGGAAGUGAAAACCUCUGGCUCUAGCGACAGGCUGCGUGUGCGCCGCUCCACUGCUGAGGCUGCCCGCAUCAUCUACCCACCAGAAGCCCAAACCAUCAUUGUCACCAAAGGCCAGAGUCUCAUCCUGGAGUGUGUGGCCAGUGGGAUCCCGCCCCCACGGGUGACAUGGGCCAAGGAUGGGUCCAGUGUUGCCGGCUACAACAAGAUGCGCUUCCUGCUUAGCAACCUCCUUAUUGACACCACCAGUGAGGAGGACUCGGGGACCUACCGCUGCACGGCUGACAACGGGGUUGGGGAGCCUGGGACAGCCGCCAUCCUCUAUGAUGUCCAGGUGUUUGAACCUCCUGAGGUCACCAUGGAGCUGUCCCCGCUGGUCAUCCCCUGGGGCCAGAGUGCCAAGCUGACCUGUGAGGUGCGUGGAAACCCCCCGCCCUCUGUGCUGUGGCUGAGGAACGCUGUACCUCUCACCUCUAGCCAACGUCUCCGGCUGUCCCGCAGGGCCCUGCGCGUGGUCAGCGUGGGGCCUGAGGAUGAAGGCGUCUACCAGUGCAUGGCUGAGAACGAAGUUGGGAGCGCUCAUGCUGUGGUCCAGCUGAGGACCGCCAGGCCAGGUACAACCCUGAGGCCCUGGCAGGAUGCCAAGCUGGCCACUGCCACACCUCCCACGCCAGGCUCCAGACCUGGGCACUCUGACCAGAUGCUGAGGAAUGGACCGGGCCUCCCUAGGCCACCAACAUCACGGCAGCCUGCCUCCCUGCAGUGCCCAGGAGAGAAGGGGCAGGUGGUGCCUGCCGAGGCUCCCGUCAUCCUCAGUUCACCCCGGACCUCUAAGACAGACUUGUAUGAGCUGGUGUGGCGGCCCCGGCACGAGGGCAGUGGCCGAGCACCGAUCCUCUACUACGUGGUGAAACAUCGUAAGCAGGUCACAAACUCCUCUGAUGAUUGGACUAUCUCUGGCAUUCCGGCCAACCAACACCGCCUGACUCUCACCAGACUUGACCCUGGGAGCUUGUACGAAGUGGAGAUGGCAGCGUACAACUGUGCGGGCGAGGGUCAGACGGCCAUGGUCACCUUCCGAACUGGACGGCGGCCCAAACCCGAGAUCAUGGCCAGCAAGGAGCAGCAGAUCCAGAAAGAUGACCCUGGGGCCAGUCCCCAGACCAGCAGCCAGCCCGACCAUGGCCGCCUGUCCCCCCCAGAAGCUCCAGACAGGCCCACCAUCUCCAUGGCCUCUGAGACGUCAGUCUACGUGACCUGGAUUCCCCGAGGGAAUGGUGGGUUCCCAAUCCAGUCCUUUCGGGUGGAGUACAAGAAGCUCAAGAAAGUAGGAGACUGGAUUCUGGCCACCAGCGCCAUCCCUCCCUCACUGCUCUCCGUGGAGAUUACAGGGCUAGAGAAAGGCACCUCUUACAAGUUCCGAGUCCGGGCUCUGAACAUGCUGGGGGAGAGCGAGCCCAGCGCUCCCUCCCGGCCCUACGUGGUGUCAGGCUAUGGCGGCCGUGUGUACGAGAGGCCCGUGACAGGCCCUUACAUCACCUUCACCGACGCAGUCAAUGAGACUACCAUCAUGCUCAAAUGGAUGUACAUCCCAGCAAGUAACAACAACACCCCAAUCCAUGGCUUUUAUAUCUAUUACCGACCCACAGACAGUGACAAUGAUAGUGACUACAAGAAGGAUAUGGUGGAAGGAGAUAGGUACUGGCACUCCAUCAGCCACCUGCAGCCAGAGACCUCCUACGACAUUAAGAUGCAGUGCUUCAAUGAAGGUGGAGAGAGCGAGUUCAGCAACGUGAUGAUCUGUGAGACCAAAGCUCGUAAGUCUUCUGGUCAGCCUGGUCGCCUCCCACCCCCAACUCUGGCACCCCCACAGCCGCCAGCUCCUGAAACCAUAGAGCGGCCCGUCGGUGCUGGCGCCAUGGUGGCACGCUCUAGCGACCUGCCCUACCUGAUUGUCGGUGUUGUCCUGGGCUCGAUCGUCCUCAUCAUCGUCACCUUCAUCCCUUUCUGCUUGUGGAGGGCCUGGGCUAAGCAAAAACAUACAACAGACCUGAGUUUUCCUCGAAGUGUCCUCCCACCCUCCUCCUGCCAAUACACUAUGGUGCCAUUGGGAGGACUCCCAGGCCACCGGGUCAGCAGACAGCCCUACCUCAGCAGCGUCAGCGGACGGGCCUGCACCAGUGGGGUACCCGUCAAUAGGGGCUGCCCUGUGAUGGCGGCUAUGGGACCCCAGCAGCACUGCCCCGGGGAGCUUCAGCAGCAGAGUGACACCAGAAGCUUGCUGAGGCAGACCAUUCUUGGCAAUGGAUAUGACCCCCCAAGUCACCAGAUCACCAGGGGUCCUGAGUCUAGCCCAGACAAGGGCUCUUUCCUGUAUACACUGCCUGAUGACUCAACUCACCAGCUGCUCCAGCCGCACCAAGACUGCUGCCAUGUCCAGGAGCUGCCUGCUGCAGUGGACCAGUCAGGCAUGAGGAGUGCCUCUGAGUGUCCAGGACUGGAAGCAACAUGGGGACCCUCUUUUCACCCAGGGCCCCCCUGCUGCUUGAGCCUUGUACCAGUUGAAGAGGUGGACAGUCCUGACUCCUGCCAAGUGGGUAGAGGAGACUGGUGUUCCCAGCACCCCACAGGGGCCUAUGUAAGACAGGAACCUGGGACACGGCUGUCUCCAAGCCCACUGAUACAUGUGUCCUUUGAAACACCACCUCCCAUAGUUUAGGCAGAAGCCAGUAUCCCAGAAAGGCUAUAUAUUGUUUGUUUGUUUUUUUAAGAGACAGAGAAAAUUGGUAUUUAUUUUUCUAUUAUAGCCAUAUUUAUAUAUUUAUGCACUUGUAAAUAAAUGUAUAUGUUUUUAUAAUUCUGGAGAGACAUAAGGAAUCCUCCCUAUUGAGGUACAAGAGGGAAAACAAAGAAGCCACAUUAACAGGAGUCAAGCAGGAAUGUGUAACACAGACUGUCCAGAACACAGACUCCUCACCGAGAACCUCUGCAACUGCUGGGGUGCUGCAGGAGGCCCGCAGAGAAGCUCAUCGUGACCUCAAGGGAGAGGCAGGGUCAUGGUAUCACAGCCUGGAGAGCCCAUGAAGAUGGCUGGCACUGGGACCAGGGGAAGUGUUUUCUGAAGAGGCCCAUGAGAACAGACUAAGAUGUGUACAGCACUAUAAGCAUUAACAAACCUUCCAGAAUCAAUAAUCUGUGGCAGCAUAUCUCUGUAAAAACAAACACCAUAACUUCUAAAUAAAUGUUUAGUCUUCCAUGUAACCUUCA